ACCCACGAAUCCGCGAUGGCGGCCGCCGGCGCGUCGUCGGCUCCUGUCGAAGAUGUGGACCUCCUUUAUCCGGAGCUUAUGUCGUCUAAGGCCAUCGUCAACAUUUUAAAAGAGCGGUACGUGAAGCACCCCCGGCUCGAGGAACUGGACAAGGCGGCGCUCGUGCAGCUGUAUGAGCAGACGGUGCUGCCCCUGCCGCAGCGGGAGUAUCGUGACACCCGGUCGGGACGAGCUUUGUCAGCCCUGCGGAAGCACGCCGACAGUCGCCGCAAGCGGAAGGCUUCCCAGGAUUCUUCCACCGACUCAACCUCUACAAAACUCCGCAAAGGCAGUCUACCACGUGAUGACGACAAGGGGCGACAGCGGCCGAGUGACCCUCACGCCAAGCGUGGCAGGAAAUCCAGUGGGGGUGAAUGGGGUUCCUGGGAUGAAGAGGCCAAGUCUAAAUCCAGCAAGAGGAGUGUCACAAAUAGGUGCCAUGGCGAGGGGGACGGACCUCCGAGGAAAAAGCACCGGACACCAAUCACAUGGCCAUGACUGGCGCAGAAAGACUCGUGCAAGCCAGGUGGCGCAAAUGGUUAUCUACACGAUCGCUGUAAUCGUCUCUCAUUUCGCUUCAGGCCAUUUCUCCACUGUGAUGCAAAUGAGAGGGACAGGCUUUUCUAGCUGAGCCUUUGAGCUGCCUCUUGACUAUAUGCACUUACUUUUUCAAAAAUUUACAUGUAGUAUUUCACCCAAAAUAAACUGUUGCUGCACAUUGUAUACAAUUGAGUCAACUGAAAAAUUUUCCUUCGAUGAAACAGUAAUGGACUGCUCUUUUUAGUGA